AUGCCGCUGAAAGUCGCAGGGCUGCUCUGCGUACUUGCUCUCGUGCGACAGACGCUUGCAUUGUCCGCACACUCGCCGCGGGAUACAGAGGCUUUCCCGGCUUACCACGUCCUCCUCAACGAGCGGGCGAUCCUGAAUGAGACGGCGCGCGAACUGCUGGAGGAGCCUCUCGAGACACCGCCUCACUCGUACCCAGCGAAACGACACCUCCUGCGCACGCCAAACGGCCAAGCCUUCCUCUGCACCGUCCCAGCCGUCACCGACGAGUCGAAGAAGCGGGCAGACACGCGAGCUGAGGAGGAUGCGCUUGUAAGGGCGGAGGAGCGGGAGAAGGGCGUCACGCACGGGCUCGCGCUGCUGGAGCCGAUGCGGUCGAGCUGUCUGUAUCUGAAGCAAGGAUGGUUUACGUACAGCUUUUGCUACGGCUCCGAGAUCCGCCAGUUCCACGAAGUCCGCGUCCUAGGCUCUGUCGGGCCCGCCGAAGACCCCAACUCCGAGUCCUACACCCUCGGCAUCAUGCCCGAAGCGACAGCCGUCUCGAUGACUCCCAAGUACGGCUCGGGCUCGCCGGCUGUCAGGCAGGACGCGCAGGUUCCUUCGCGGCUGGGUGGAGGAGAGGGAUUGGGCUGGGACGAGGGAGGAAGGUACUUGACGCAGACGUGGCAGGGCGGUACGGUCUGCGACAAGACGGGCUUGCCGCGAGAAGUCGAGGUGCAGUUCCACUGCAAUACGGGCACGAUUGACCGCAUUGCCCUGAUUCGCGAAACAUCCAUCUGCCGCUACGUCAUGCUCAUCCAUACACCCCGCCUCUGCGGCGAACCUCUCUUCCUUGAGGGCCACAACUCGCAUCAAGAACCGGCAGCGUCGAUCGAAUGCCAGCCUGUUGUCCGCAAGUUGCGAGCGCAGGGGGAGGGAGGGUUGGUGGACGGUCAGCCGAGCGAAGAGGCGCCGGGGCUGGCGGAGAAGGAGGAGCAGACGGUUGAAGCGGCGACGGCGGGAGAACCUGUCGCCAAUGCGCCGAUUGACCCCGACCCGCCCUCGACCCAGCCCGACACCGCCAUCCCCUCGACAGAUUCUACCGACCCACUCUCCCCACUCUCCUCCCUCCUCGAAUCCGAAGCGACCCUCACGCUCGUCUACGACCCCGACACGGGGGAGAUCGAGUCUGCCGUGACGGAAGUAGGUGAGGACGUAUUUGGUGGGAGCGAGUUGAGGAGACAGAUCAUUGGUGAGGAUGGAGUCGCGGGAGAGGAAGGGAGGGACGAGAGGAGGGAGGGAGGGACGACGGUGCAGAGUUUGGAGGAGUUGACAAAGCUGAUGCACGACACGAUCGCGCAAGCGCUUCGCCAGCACGCUCACCCUCACGACGGUCCUGCUGCUGCGCCCGCCGCCCGCCUCGCUGCCCCUCCUCAACAGCAACCGCACCGACCCGCUCUUCCCGCCGAAAACGCCGUCGAAGCUCUCCUCAGCGCCAUCCGCAAAGCCAGCUCCUCCUCUUCCGACUCCACCUCAUCUCGGGAAGGCAAACCCGUCGUCCACACGGGCCUGCACCAAUACCUCCAAGGCUUCCAGAAGGAGAAACGGACGUUGCAGGUUCCCCCGCAGGCGGUGUUGGGGAGUGAGGCGCAUCAGAAGUUGAGGAGUGGGUUUGGGAGGGUGUGGGAUGAGGGAGAGGGAGAGGCAGAGGGAGAGGGGGAGCGGGCGGAGGAGGGUGCGCCGGGGAAGGAGGGGGAGCGGGUGAAGGAGCAUGUGAAGGACGAGCUGUAG